AUGUUUCGUCUAUUUUAACAUAAGAUGUAUAAAAUUUGGUUGGAGAGCGCCAAAGUAGAACCAACAAUUCGUGCAUUCUAGUUGGACAUGCGCGUUCCAAGCAGUACCAACCUCUGUAAUUGGCAUUUGAAGCUCAAAGACUUAUCAUCCAAUGGAAAAUGGGUAGAAUUACUCUGCCACUACCAUCAAGUAAACAAAGCUGGACUUCACCCAACACACUAUUCAGUCUUCCCUCCAAUUCUCAAAGCAUGUUCAAACCUGCUUUCCUACUCCUAUGGAAAAUCUAUACAUGGGUGGUUGAUCAAAACUGGGUGUGAUUCAUGCACUUCCAUUGCUAACUCCACCAUGGACUUCUACAUCAAAACCAGGGACCCAGAUUCUGCAUUGGGUGUUUUUAACUCUGUGAGGUGGAGAGAUCAAGUUUCUUGGAAUAUUAUGGUUUAUGGGAGCCUUGAUCUGGGGAAUUUAGAACAAGGGUUAUGGUGGUUUAACAAGGCCAGGGUUUCGGUUUGUGGGUUUCAACCCAAUACUUCUACUCUGGUGCUUGUGAUUCAAGCCUGUCGUCGGCUUAGAGAUAAAUAUGAAGGACUGAAAGUACAUGGUUACGUGAUUCGAGGCGGGUUUUGUUAUAUAUCUUCAGUUCAGAACUCAUUGUUGAGUCUGUAUGCAGAAGAUGAUGACAUGGAGAGUGCGCACAAGCUGUUCGACGAAAUGUCUGAGAGAGAUGUCAUCUCUUGGAGUGUGAUGAUAGGAGGUCAUGUGCAUUGCGUGGAAGCUGAAAUCGGCAUGAAGAUGUUCCGAAAGAUGGUAUGUGAGCUUGGAGUUGAACCAGAUGGCGUAACUGCGGUCAGUGUUCUUAAAGGGUGCGCUAGUUUGAGGGACUUGACCAUGGGAACAUCGCUCCAUGGGUUGGUAAUCUAUAGAGGGUUAGAUUCUGAUCUGUUUGUUGGAAACUCUUUAAUUGAUAUGUAUGCCAAGUGUAGUGAUGCGGAUUCUGCCUUUAAAGUUUUUGAGGAGUUGCCGCAAAGAAAUAGGGUCUCAUGGAAUUCUAUGUUGUCUGCAUUUGUCCAUAAUGAAAGGUACAUGGAUGCCCUGUCACUGUUUUAUUCUAUGGGGAAGGAAGGUAUCAACGCAGAUGAAGUGACUCUGGUGAAUAUUCUUCAAAUAUGCAAGCAUUUGCGCCUAGUUGAUUGCAAGUCGGUGCACUGUGUAACAAUCAGGUGGGGAUUUGAAUCAAAUGAGUUGCUCCUAAAUUCGCUCAUUGAUGCUUAUGCAAAGUGCAAUUGUAUCGAGCUUGCAUGGAAACUUUUUGAUAGGAUGAAGAAAAGAGAUGUGGUUUCGUGGAGCACUAUGAUUGCAGGGUUUACGCAUUGUGGCAGACCUGAUCAAGCAAUUGCUGUCUUCGGUGAGAUGACAAGGCUGCAGGUGCAGGAUGAUCAGAAGCCCAAUGAGAUUACACUCAUAAAUCUUUUGGAAGCUUGUUCAGUUUCAGCUGAAUUGAAAUGGGCCAAAGGGGCACAUGGAAUUGCUAUUCGAAGAGGUUUGUCAACUGCAGAUCAAGUAGCCGUCGGAACUGCAACUGUUGACAUGUACUCGAAAUGCGGGGCAAUAGGAGAAUCAAGAAAGGUGUUCGACCAGAUUUCCGAAAAAAACAUUGUGUCAUGGAGUGCCAUGAUAGCUGCAUAUGGCAUGAAUGGUCUUGCACAUGAAGCUCUAGCUUUGGUUGAGGAAAUGAAGCUGUAUGGUGCAAAGCCAAAUGCAGUGACCACCCUUUCUAUGCUAUCUGCCUGCAGCCAUGGAGGCUUAGUUGAAGAAGGGCUCUCCUUGUUCAACUCACUUGUUCAAGUUUAUGGAAUUGAACCAAGAUUGGAACAUUAUGCAUGUGUAGUUGACAUGUUGGGCCGAGCAGGAAAGCUCCAUAUGGCUAUGGAUUUUAUCAAGAACAUUCCAGAAGGUUUAAAGGUCACUGGGGAAAAUGCUGCUUGGAGUGCAUUAUUGAGUGCUUGUAGAAGCUAUGGCAAUAGUGACGUUGGCGCAGUAGCUGCUUCUCAUGUCCUUGAGUUAGAGCCUGAAAGUUCAACUGGGUAUUUACUUGCCUCAAGUAUUUAUGCAGCAGGUGGGUUGUGGGUUGAUGCUGCAAGUAUUAGAAGAAUGGUGAAAGAAAAAGAGGUGAAGGUUGUUGCUGGUUAUAGCUUAGUUUAUGUUGAUAACAAGGCAUGUAGAUUUGUUGCUGGGGAUAUUGAUUGCCAUUCACUAGCUGCUGGAGAGAUGCACUCUACAGUUGAGCUGUUGCAUGCUUGUAUGAAGACUGAAAAGAGAAAUGCUGGUAAUUUUGAUAUAAUUGAUUAGUUACUCGAGAGGCCAUUUGAUAACAAUAGAUUUAACCAGAAAAAUAAUAGUGAGAAAAAAGGUAAGUAAUGCACUGGAAUUGCCAUUAGAAAGACAAAUAAGUAGUGAACUGGUUGAAGUUGGCCCAUCCAUAACACUGGCAAGUUAGUCUGAGGUUUUGGCAUUUGCAGUGGGAAGUUGCUUUCCUAUGCCAGUGUGCCGUGUCUUCUCCAUGUUUGCAGGUGUAGGAAUCUAUGAUAGAAGAACUGGAUUGCUGGCCAGCUAUAUGAAGAUAACUUUUUCCCUUGGAAGAGAAAUGUUGAUCAGGGCUAUGUUGUAGGAAGUGCAUGCAUGCACAUUCUUAAUUUUCUGUGUGGCUAAGAUGGUCGUCAUUGCUGUCAUUGUUGCUUUUAACUUGGCAAGACUGCAUGAUGUACUAGGAUUGAACUGGUUUGGACCAGCAGAUUGUCCUUCCCCUGGACUCCUACCUCCAGGUCUCCCUUUGUUUUCUGGAAUCUUCUUACCUUAUACUCGUAAGUUCUUGGCAGUUUAAUCAUUCAAAUUUUGAAGGGUAUUUCAAUAAUAUAUCAGGGUAUUUGGUUUGGACCACCAAAUUUGUUGUACAGGAUUACAACUACAGGUAUUGAUGCAGUCUUCAUUCUAAUUUCAUUCAAAUGUUCAUUUCUGUAUUAUAGUUUGGAUUAUUUUCGAUCAAUGACCAUGUGAGAAGAUAUUGCGUAAGAAAUUGAAUAAUUGCAUUGCAACUAUGAGUGAAUGAGUGAUAGGUGUCUAAAACAUGAAUUUUUCCGUUACUUGACCCUUCUCUCUCUCUCUCUCUCUCUCUCUCUCUCUCUAUUGUUUAUUAUAAAGCAAACAUAUCCAUGCCUUAUACAGUCAAUUUCUGUCUCUUUUAGGUGGUAAAUAAUUCUCUGACUAAGCACAUAUUAGAUGGAUUCUGUCCACUCUUAAGAUCCUUUCUCUGUCAGUCUGGUAAACCUGUAAGAUAACUGACAUGAGUUUCUUCGAAAGAAAUUCAUGAUUAGGUGACUUCAUUUCAAGGGAGUUCUGGUUUAUUGUGACUUAAUAUAUUUGUCUUAUGGUAAAACUGUAAGAAAACUUUGUUAUGGUUUAUGCUAUUAUUUGUCUUUUUAUGACUGCUGCAUAUUAAGAAGGUUAGUACAAGCCCCUGUUCUGUGCUAAAACAUUCACCCCACAGUUAAAAAAAAAAAAAAAAACUAAGAAUGUCUGUCUUAUAAUAGUUAACAAGUGAGUGUUUGGUUAUGUCAGUUCAGAAUCAAGACGUACUAACCAGUUAUGUUCCAUCACCCAAUAUAAAUUGAGCAUGCACUUUUUUCCAAUCCUCCUUUCAUGUGUAAUGCUGCAGAUAUCAAGACUCGAUCAAGAGCAUCUUUAUACCAGAAUGAACCUAUAUUCUCAGUCGGCUGCCUUUUGGCUUGGUGAUUUUCUCGUGUGUAUGGAUAUUCCCGAGGCUUUUGGUUGCGGUGGGAAUUAUUUAAAUGGUUCCUAGUGUCCACCUGAUGAUCAGCAACGCCUUGGUGGAGUGUGCAAAGAGUGGACAACAGGAAUGCUCAUCUAAUCUAUACAGCUGAGAUUAGCUGUAGCAAAGCAGCAGGGUUAAGAACUAAUUGGUUCCACUGUUUUUGCCACUCAGCUGAGGUUCAUUUGUAUCAAAGAUGCCUCUUACAGAGACUUUUCUGAACAGAUCCUUACAAAAAUUGAGCAAUGAAAA